AUGAUCUGUAAUAAUCAAAUGGUCUAUUUAGUAUUAUUUUUGUUGUUCUUCAAAAUCAAUUCUAAAUCUUUCAAUUUUGACUGUUCUCCGGGGUGUUCAUCCAAAUGUAUUACAAAUUACACAUGCAACACAUUGUGUUCGGAAAAUUAUGAUCAAGACAACUCUUGUCAACAUUGUACACACAACAGUGUAAUUUUUAAUUCAAAAUAUCCAGUGUUUAUUAACAAUAACUUUGAUUGUAUAAAAUCAACAAAUAGAAUUGACAAAAUGUCUUGGUUACCCAAUGAUUCUUUUAUUCAAGAACUUAGCUUUAACAAAAAAUUUAAUUUUAAUUUAAAUCAAGAAAGCGAUAUCGAUUAUUCUUUCUGUUAUCACAAGCAAAAAUUUAGAAUUGGUAAAUGGUUUAAAAUUAACAUGGACAAUUUAAUUACAUCACAAUUGAUAAUUUCUGUUUUUAAAACUACAAAUUGUGAAAAUGAUAUAUAUAUUGAUUUAACCAAUUCUCCUAAAAAUUUAUUAAAAGCUGAAUGUAUAUCAUUUGUUGAUUUGGAUUCCGCUUCUAAAGGAAAUAAUGUGAGAAUACCCAAAAUAAGACCAAAAAGCUUAACAAAUGGAGAACCAUUUUAUUAUUAUAUUUAUAUUUCUAUUACUAAAUUGUGUGAUGUGGAUAUUGAAGUUGAAGCAAUUGUUGGUAAAGGUGAAGAUCCUGCUCCAUAUGUAAAUUUAAACCAAGACGAUAUUACAUUUUUACACGAUAGUGUAAAUAAAACAAAGUCUGUUGUUUUUCCCUUUUCAAGUCAAGGUGUGUAUGUAUACCCAAUAUGCUUUAUUGCUCAAUUGUACAAAUUUGUAGUGUUUACUGUAGAAUUUCAAGGUAAUUACUCUCUCUUGAUAGAUGGAACAAAAAUUAACCGCAAUAAUCUACUUGAAGAAUUUCUUUAUUAUGAAAACGAAGACGGUACAGUUUCAAAUGAAUGUGUUCAACUUUGGACCGGAAAACGAUACGGAGCUUUAGCUGGAACACAAAAUUUGGGAGUUGUUGUUAAAAUUGAUGGGAGUCCCAAUAUUAGAUAUUUUGCAAUUCUUUCCAAAGACCACAGUUCCCCAGUUGAAAUUGAAUUUUCGGUUGUGUGCCCAGAUCAUUGUGGAGAUAAUGACCCAAGUGGAUCUCGGGGGAAAUGUUCUGUAAGUGAUAAGAUGUGUGUAUGUAACCCUGGGUAUGGUGGAGAUGAUUGUCAUAAAUUAUGCUAUUACAAUGGAUCGUGGCAAACUGACAACUCAGAUUUGUGUUUUUUCGGAGAGCCUUGGUGUGACCAAUAUUGUCAUUGCAAUAAGGGUAAAAUACUCAAAAAUCAUUUGUGUGUUUCAAAGGAGUGUUUAAAUCAUAAAGCCGGCAGCGAUGAUGAGUGU